AUGGCUCCCACCGACAGUUCCGGAAGCUUGCCUGGCGACUUGGCCACUCGAACAAAGCAGCAGACCACCAGCCGCAUGAUGAAGACCACAAGAAGAGGCAGACCGUUCGCAAAGGACACGCACGACCUCUUUGCCACCCUCAUCGUAUCGCUCGAACUCGGCACACAUCGCCAGUACUUCAAGACCUACCACAAUUCCUUCACCACCGACGAGGCCGCAGAGAACCUCUCCCAUCUCAAGUUCUCCCAGUCCAACCGCGUCCCCGACCCCAAUGAGCCCAGCCGCGUCGUCACCACCACCACCACCACCACCUUUAGCAUGAACCGAGACAUGGCAAAGGGCAUCUGCCAGCACUUUAUGGACGCGCGUCUCAUCGAAAACGCCGGCGACGCAUCCAACCCCAUCUUCAAGGACAAGGGCGUCUACAUGCUCACCCCAAAGGGCCUCCACAUCCUCGAGCGCUUCAUCACCAAAAACGGCAUCAACGGCGACCACCUCCUCCGCGUCUUUUCCUCCCAGCCCAUCUGCAUGAAGCUCUUGCAUCUCGAGAGGCGCUCCGUCGACGACGAGCUCCUCAUCAACACGCCCGUCCUCGAGGUCAUCUUCCGCCGCUUUGUCGGUCGUGCGCCCAACUACGACGCCGUCACAUCCGCCUCGGCGCACAAGUCGCACGACCACGCCGACCCAGCCGUCGACCGCACUUUGGGCAUCGAAAUGUCCGACGCACAGGAGAAGGUCAAGGGUCGCGGCUACCGCACCGUAAAGCACACCUUCAACUCGAUGGGCGCGCUCGACUGGCUCUGCGACUUUACCACCGUCUGCGGAAAGGACGAGGCCGCCGAGAUCAUGGCGCACUUCCAGCGCCUCGACCUCAUCCGCGUCGUCAUUGACAAGUCCAGGCGCGAGGUCGAGCCCUACGACGACCGCGACGUCAUCAUCCGUGUCGAAGACGGUCGCGGCGGCGUCAGCGACGGCCAUUUUCGCUGCCACCACAAGACCCAGUACGGCGUCACCGAAAAGGGUCGUCAGGUCGCGCGCUGGGACGGCUCCGACACGCCUUCCUCCGGCGUCGCCACUCCCGGCAGGGAAGACGCACUGCGCAUGGCCGACGAGUCGCUCUCCACCGUGGCCCCUUCGCCUCAGAUCGCCCAGCUCGGCCACGACACGGGCAGUCCCGGAUCGCAGGACUCGCGCCUCGCGCGCAAGUCGUCCACCAGCACCAAGAUGCGCGCCGAAUUUGCGCCCGCGCAGGCGGGAGGCGCUGCCGGCAUCGGCCAGGGUCUCCACGACCACUCCUCCUUCAGCACCCGCGACAGCAACACCAACCGGCUCAAAAACAUCCUCGAGGAGCCCGCUCUGCGUUCGCUCUUCCGCGAAUUUUUGCGACAGAACUUUUGCGAAGAGAAUCUGAGCUUCUGGUUAGACGUGCAGGACUUUAAGCGCCGCUUCCACACCACCUCGAGCGCCGUCGCGGUGCAGACGCCCGCCAAGGACUCCAAGGGCGGCAUGGGCCGUCGGCUUGGCCGAAGCGUCACCGGUGCGCUUGCCAACAACAAAGACAAGAGCGAUGACGACACACAGGGCCUCAGCGCCAUGGAGAAGCACCAGCAGGAUCUGGUGAGCAUGGCGUUUGUCAUCUACGACACGUACCUAGCGCCCUCGUCGCCGUGCGAGCUCAACAUCGACCAUAACCUGCGCACCGAGCUCAUCCUGUACAUGAACAAGAUCCUCGCCGACGCCAAGGUGUCGUCGCUCUCGGCGCAGACCGUGUCGCCGUCCAACUCGACCACGCAGCUCGGCGGUACGGGCGCCGGCAGCGAGGCGACCCACAGCAGUGGAGCGCCGACCACCGCCGCGGCGUCGAUCGAGGAGAGAAAGGCGGCCGUCAUGGCCAAGCGCAUCCGCAUCCCGCUGCACGCCAGCCAGCUGCAGGUCAUGGUGAGGCUGUACGAGCGCAUACAGGACUACAUCUUCCGGCUCAUGGCUACAGACUCGGUGCCGAGGUUCAUCAAGGACGCCCGCUUCAUCCAGCUCGUCCGGUCGGUGGAAGAGUACACCGAGGCGCUCGAGGCGGGCCGCAUCGAUCCGGAGCAGAACGCCGGGCCUGCGGUGGGUCGCGCCGUGUUCGAGGCGAUGCAGCUCAAGUCGGCCGACAUGCUUGCGCAGAACAGCAGCGACGGCCGCAAGUCGGUCGACUCGGGCUCGCAUCGUGCGGGGUCGAGCCCGCUCCGCCUCGCCAAGACGGUACCUGCCGUGCCGCCCAUCCCGGCGCAUGCCACUGGCGAUGCUGCGGUGGCACCCUCGACCAACAACGCAUAA